AUGUGGAGGGAUUCGUUCAGGAAGUCUCCAGAAUUUGGUUCUUUUUGUCCCCCGCCCCCAUAUGUGGUCAAUUUGGGCCCGGAAGUUAUUCAGCAAUUUUGGCAACAAAUCUACCGAUAUCUACCAGAUCCUGCACUCCCAAAUCGACAUUCCGAUGGUCAACAAAUGGGAAUUAAGAUGUCUAUUGCCAUUGAGAGUACGGAGUUCGGACAUACCUACGAUGAUUUCGUGAUGAGCCACUGGAGGUGUGAGGAGAGAAAUAUUCCAUUUCCUUCAAAACACAUUCAAGAUGCUGGAAAGUGGCUCUUAUCCUACUUCUAG